GCAUUCAAGGAUAUGCUGUAUUCAGCUCAGGACCAGGCACCAUCUGUUGAAGUUACAGAUGAGGAUACAGUUAAGAGAUAUUUUGCCAAGUUUGAAGAAAAGUUUUUCCAAACCUGUGAAAAGGAACUUGCCAAAAUCAACACAUUUUAUUCAGAGAAGCUGGCAGAGGCUCAGCGCAGGUUUGCCACACUUCAGAAUGAGCUUCAGUCAUCACUGGAUGCACAGAGAGAGAGCAUUGGUGUUACUACAUUGCGACAGCGUAGAAAGCCAGUCUUCCACCUGUCCCACGAGGAGCGUGUCCAACAUAGGAAUAUUAAAGACCUUAAGCUGGCCUUCAGCGAGUUCUACCUCAGCCUCAUCCUGCUGCAGAACUAUCAGAAUCUGAAUUUUACAGGGUUUCGAAAAAUCCUUAAAAAGCAUGACAAGAUCCUGGAAACAUCUCGUGGAGCAGAUUGGCGAGUGGGUCAUGUGGAGGUGGCCCCAUUUUAUACAUGCAAGAAAAUCAACCAGCUCAUUUCUGAGACUGAGGCUGUAGUAACCAAUGAGCUUGAAGAUGGUGACAGACAAAAGGCUAUGAAGCGAUUACGUGUCCCUCCUUUGGGAGCUGCUCAGCCUGCACCAGCAUGGACUACUUUUAGAGUUGGCCUAUUUUGUGGAAUAUUCAUUGUGUUGAAUAUUACUCUCGUGCUUGCAGCUGUAUUUAAACUUGAAACAGAUAGAACUGUGUGGCCCUUGAUAAGAAUCUAUCGGGGUGGCUUUCUUCUGAUUGAAUUCCUUUUUCUACUGGGCAUCAACACAUAUGGUUGGAGACAGGCUGGAGUAAAUCAUGUCCUCAUCUUUGAACUUAAUCCAAGAAACAAUUUGUCUCAUCAGCAUCUCUUUGAGAUUGCUGGAUUCCUGGGGAUACUAUGGUGCCUGAGCCUUCUGGCAUGCUUUUUCGCUCCCAUUAGUGUCGUCCCUAUAUAUGUGUACCCACUUGCCCUUUAUGGAUUUAUGGUCUUCUUUCUUAUCAACCCCACCAAAACUUUCUACUAUAAAUCCAGAUUUUGGCUGCUUAAACUUCUGUUUCGAGUAUUUACAGCUCCCUUCCAUAAGGUAGGCUUUGCUGAUUUCUGGCUGGCCGAUCAGCUGAACAGCCUGUCAGUGAUACUCAUGGACCUGGAAUAUAUGAUCUGCUUCUACAGUUUUGAGCUCAAAUGGGAUGAGAAUAAGAGCCUGUUGCCAAAUGAUCUACAAGAACCAGAAUUUUGCCACAGAUAUACAUAUGGUGUGCGAGCCAUUGUUCAGUGCAUUCCUGCUUGGCUUCGCUUCAUUCAGUGCCUGCGCCGGUACCGUGACACAAAAAGGGCCUUUCCUCAUUUAGUAAAUGCUGGCAAAUACUCCACCACUUUCUUCACCGUGACCUUUGCAGCUCUUUACAGCACUCACAAAGAACGGCAGCACUCAGAUACCAUGGUGUUCCUUUACCUGUGGGUGGUCUUUUGUGCCAUCAGUUCCUGCUACACCCUCAUCUGGGAUCUCAAGAUGGACUGGGGUCUCUUCGAUAAGAAUGCAGGAGAAAACACUUUCCUCCGGGAAGAAAUUGUAUACCCUCAAAAGGCCUACUACUACUGUGCCAUCAUAGAAGAUGUGAUACUGCGCUUUGCUUGGACUAUCCAAAUCUCUAUUACUGCUACAGCUUUUCAGCCUCAUGUUGGAGACAUCAUUGCUACUGUCUUUGCUCCCCUUGAGGUUUUCCGACGAUUUGUAUGGAACUUCUUCCGUCUGGAGAAUGAGCAUCUAAAUAACUGUGGUGAAUUCCGUGCUGUGCGGGACAUCUCUGUAGCCCCACUGAAUGCAGAUGAUCAGACACUCCUUGAGCAGAUGAUGGACCAGGAAGAUGGGGUUCGAAACCGCCAGAAGAAUCGGUCAUGGAAGUACAACCAGAGCAUAUCUCUGCGCCGGCCUCGCCUUGCAUCCCAAUCCAAGGCUCGAGACACUAAGGUAUUGAUAGAAGACACAGAUGACGAAGCUAACACUUGA